AUGCCAUAUACACAAUCACCCUUCGACAUUUCUCAGCUCCAGCAGCUGCUCGAUACUGCAUUGAUGACAGUUAAAGUUCGGCCGCUCGAAUGCUCCGCUGGUGUAUUGACUACCGCGUUGGCCGGGUACACACUCAAACGUCUUCUAGCAUCUUCGGCAUACCCGAACCUUGACGGACCAAUUCAGAAGAGCCUCAUCUACGGCCAUCUAAAUGAUUUAGUUCUGCCGUACAACAUUGGGUUUCACGACGCUCUUCAGGAUACGUAUGGUUCUGUGAGCAAGGUGUAUGGCCCUUUCGGAGUUCUAGUCAAGGAGGCGGACAGCGUAUUUCGCCAUAAACAAUAUUUUUAUGAGUCGUCGGCACAAGGCGCAGCGCAAGAUGCUGAAUCCAGUAUUCACGGUAAAACACAUGAGGACUUAUUGCUCACAACAGUAACGGAGAUGUUUUAUAUGAUUGCCGAUGAUAUGAAACGGGCCAUGGUCAAAGAUAUGGGUGGAGCACAUAGCAAAGAGCUCGACAUGCUUCGUUGGUGCAGUUCAUCAGCUCUGGAGCUCAUGGGGACCGCUGGCAUUGGUCACAGUUUCGGCAUCCUUCACGGAGUCGAGUCCGAAUACAGCCGUGUUGUCAAAACUACUUCCCUCGCGCAAAUUGCCCCCUUCAGGUCAUUAUUUCCAUUUGUUUACCGCAUGGGGCCAUCGUGGCUCCUAGCAAAAUUGGCCGGCUGGGCUCCUAGUACAAUUGUACGAGAGAUGAAACACAUCGUUGAUGUCCAGGAUAGACAGCGAUCGACGCAGGCUCAAGAGAUUCUAUUGCAAAAGAAGGAAGCACUGAAGGAUCCUAGCAAGUCAAAGGACAUGCAUGAUAUAAUGUCUGUACUGCUGAAAGCUAACUUGGAAGCGCGUGAGGAGGACAGGCUUCCAGAGGAUCAGUUACUUGGACAGAUCAAUACUCUCAUUUUCGCAGGUCACGAAACCACGAGCGGCGCUCUUUCUCGCACUCUUCAUCUCCUUGCUUGUCAUACAACCGUCCAGGAUCGCCUACGAGCUGAGCUGCAAGAAGUCCCAGAUACCCUGUCGUUCGACGAACUUAACGCACUACCCUAUCUUGACGCCCUUUGCAGAGAGGUACUGCGACUAUAUCCUCCUGCACCAUACACAGAGAGGAUAGCGUUGAAGGACUGGGUAGUUCCGCUCAAAUACCCUGUCAAAGGGAAGGAUGGGAACCCGAUCAACGAGAUCCACGUUCGUAAAGGAACAAAGAUUUAUUUAGCACUUAAGGAAGCAAACCGAUCCAAAGAAACGUGGGGAGAUGAUGCGGACGAAUUCAAGCCUGAGAGAUGGCUGCAAGAACUACCCCCGUCUGUGGCUGAUGCAAAAGGACCUGGAGUAUACUCUUCGAUGAUGACGUUCUCUGGAGGACCAAGGGCUUGCAUUGGUUUUAAGUUCUCGAUUCUGGAGCUUAAGAUUGUACUAUCAACAUUAAUCAAGCAUUUCAAGUUCACUCCAGGAUCUAUGGAGAUCGACUGGCUGUCUUGUAUUACUAUGGCCCCUUACCCUGCGGGAACUAAGGAUGUGUUUGGGAGCGGCGUCAGUCCUUCUCUGCCCCUCAUUGUUACUGCUCUUUAG